AUGCUGGCGACCGAAUGCGCCAAAAAGCUAGGAUACCGAGAUUCUUAUCUGCUGUUCAACAAGAAUCGGUUCUUAUAUAAGAUCGUCGCUAGCCAAGUCGAGAAGGACGAUCUCGUGCAGCGUGAGAUCCUUCCAUCCUCGUUCCGCUCAAGGCAGAUCGCCAUUGUGACGGCCCGAUCCAUGUUUCGACAGUUUGGCAGCCGCGUUAUUGAGGAUGGGCGCAGGGUCCGCGACGACUAUUGGGAAACGUUGGCGCGCAAGCAGGGUUUCACCGAAGCCGAUCCCGCGGGCGAAAAGCGACCAGGCUCCCAAAGCCGGGCCAUGGCCGAGUCUAGAAACAAUCACUUGCAGAGCUGCCCCCGCAUAGAAGUCGCCUUGAAUACCGCCAUCGAAACGCCAUCGCAGCCCGAUGCACAGCGAUCCAAACUUGCAGGCACGACGGCCGCUCCACCACAGAACACGGCAGCGAUGCCCGGAGCGGCCGCGGCUUGGACAUAUUCUAGCGGGGCCUAUCCAAGACAUUGGAGCAGCACCGGCAAUGGAACUUCAAGUCGGCAGGCCACUGGCCCACACCAAAACCCGGCCAUGGACAUGAUCUCGACCGCACACGAAGCUCGGGUGCCGCCUCCUGACCUUGUCGGGAUUGGCCGCACCGUCCAGAGCAGCCAUCGUCCCCUGGCACAAAUGAGCAGCAGCCUGCUGGCUCUGGCGGCGACCGCAUCGCCACUGCCGGCCGUUCGCACAUCGGCUUACACGGCUGCCACAAUUGCUGCUACGCAGCCGCUCCUGCCCCCGACGCACCCUCCACAGGCGUUGAGGGAGAACCUGUAUCCGCAAUCUCUUCAGUCACACAAGUAUAUCAACCAGCCCAUGUGGUCACAGGCUGCAGGCCAUAGGACUGGGCCCCACGCAAUACAGCACGAGCCGGUACACAGAGCUCAGUCGCCUGCCUUCCACGUCCAGCAGCCAAGAGCUGGCCAAGAUGAACCCAUCAUGUCCCCCGGCAGGCAGUAUGGCUCCGAUUACGGCAUGUACUUGGUGAACCAGAACCCAAGGGGCCACACACCGCACACAGGACCAGGUUAA